AUGGAUGCCCAGGCAGCUACCGAGCCCAGAACUCAUAGCGACUACACUGUGGGAUGGGUCUGCGCUCUGCCCAAAGAACAAACCGCGGCGACAGCUAUGUUAGAUCACAGGCAUGGCGAUCUUCCGAAACCACCCAAUGAUCACAAUACGUAUACCCUAGGAUCCAUCGGCAAUCAUAAUAUCGUCAUAGCCUGCCUGCCUAAAGGCGAGAUCGGAACAAAUUCGGCGGCGACUGUCGCGACCUCGAUGGCCAACGCCUUUCCGUCCAUUAAGAUCGGUCUAAUGGUUGGCAUCGGCGGCGGUAUCCCACCCAAGGUUCGGCUUGGCGAUGUUGUGAUCAGCUCACCAGUGGGCCAGUAUCCUGGGGUGGUUCAGUGGGACUUGGGCAAGGCGAAAGAAGGGGGCAAGUUCGAGCGGACUGGGUCGCUAAACAACCCACCUGCCUCGCUCCGCACUGCCUUAACGAAACUGGAGACCGAACAUGAAAUGAGCGGAUCUAAGAUACCUCAGUAUCUAGAGGAUCUAAAAGACAAGUGGCCAAACCUGGCGCUGAAGUACGCCAGCUGUAAUCACCUUAAGGACCCUUUGGACGUACUGGACGAUCCAGUUCGGAGCCGCAGAGGGCGAAACAUAUUCUUGGUACUACUCUGGGAGACAAUCCUGGCCAUUGUCAGGGUUUUCCUGGGUUGUUGGGCCCUUGCUUCCAUGGGGUCUGGGGCCGAGCAAGUGGCGGGCACCACGGUGAACACUGCGGUUGAUCGAGAUGGCGGGAAGCUGCGAAAUAUGCGUGUGCAUUACGGUCUGAUCGCAUCUGGUAACCAGGUCAUUAAAGACGCUACGUUCCGAGAUAGGCUCGACGAGGAGUUUGGUGGCCAUGUUCUCUGCGUCGAAAUGGAGGCGGCGGGACUAAUGAACAACUUCCCGUGCAUUGUCAUCCGAGGCAUCUGUGAUUACGCAGAUUCGCACAAGAAUGAAGAUUGGCAGGAGCACGCGGCGGCCGUGGCUGCAGCAUUUGCCAAGGAGCUUUUGCAAUAUGUGCAGCCAAGUGCGGUUGUCGGAGAGCGUCCGGUGAAGGAUAUAUUGGAGCAGACGUUAAAGCAGGUUCACAAAGAGACAUCCGCAACUCGAGAAGACGUCACCCAGAUCAAGUCCAAAUUGGGGAAAGAGGAAGAUAAAGAAGUCCUCGACUGGCUCACGAAAAUCGACUACGGUCCGCAGCAAAGUGACUACCUUAAGAGACGGCAACCAGGAACCGGGCAAUGGCUCCUUGACUCAGAAAAGUUCAAGGGUUGGCUGUCCGCCAGCAAUCAGACACUCUUCUGUCCAGGUAUUCCCGGGGCGGGAAAGACGAUCUUAACGUCAGUCGUGGUUGACCACCUCGGUUCCAAGUUUCACAACGACCCGAAGAUCGGUAUCGCAUACAUUUACUUUAAUUUCCAGCGGCAAGACAAGCAGACGAUUGAUGACUUGCUGGCGAGUGUGCUGAAACAGAUAGCCGAGAGCCAAUCCUCUGUUCCAGGAAGCGUCAAAGAUCUCUUUGACAAGCAUGAGGCCAAGCGGACGCGGCCAUCACUUGACGAAACCUUGAGAGUUCUCCAGUCCGUGGCGGCGACGUGUUCGAGAGUCUUUAUCGUUGUUGAUGCACUUGACGAAUGCCAAACAUCCGAAGGCUGCCGGAAGAGGUUUCUCUCCGAGCUUUUCAACCUACAAAAAAUGCAUGGAAUAAAUAUCUUUGCGACAUCGAGGUCUAUCACGGAGAUUGUUGAUUGCUUCAAAACCAGCAUAUCACUAGAGAUCCGUGCAAGUACCGCCGAUGUGGCACAAUAUCUAGAAGGUCAAAUAUCGCAGUUACCAUCUUUCGUCCAACAGGACCGGCGGCUGCGAGAAGAGAUUACGGCAGGGAUCUCAGAAGCCGUCGAUGGAAUGUUUCUCUUGGCACAAAUCUAUCUUAAUUUGCUUUAUGACAAGAUGACACCGAAUGAUAUUCGAAGCACAUUGGAAGUCUUCCGGAACCAAGGGCAAGGCCGAGCCGAGAUCCAGAAGGUCGGGGCACUGACCAGUGCGUACAACCAAGCAAUGAUGAGAAUCGUUGGGCAGAUGCCGGGUUGCAAGAAGCUUGCGAUGGAGGUUCUGACAUGGAUCACGUGCGCGAAGAGACAGCUUACCACGUCGGAACUCCAGCACGCCCUCGCAACCAAGCCGGGAAAGUCCGAGCUUGACGACGGAGACUUGCCAUGCAUCGGAGACAUGGUCUCUGUAUGUGCUGGACUGGUAACGGUCGAUGAAAACAGUGGCAUUAUCCGGCUGGUUCAUUAUACAACGCAAGAAUAUCUUGAGGGGACACAGCCGCGAUGGAAUCCGAACGCAGAAUUGGCGAUCACGACAACCUGCGUUACCUACCUCUCAUUCACCGUCUUUGAGACCGGGUUCUGCACAACGAACCGUAAGUUUGAGGAGCGGCUGCAGUCAAACCCGCUCUACGAUUACGCCGCGCGCAACUGGGGGAAUCAUGCACGCAAGGCUGCAACAUCGAGUAAAGUGGUUAUUGACUUUCUUGAGAGUAAAGCUAAGGUCGAAGCAUCAAGUCAGGCGUUGAUGGCCACCCACUGGAACCGAUCAUACCCAAUAUACAGUCAACAUGUUCCAAGGAAUAUGACGGGACUACAUUUAUCAGGAUACUUCGGAGUCAUCGAGGCCGCAGAUGAACUCCUUAGGAGUAAACCCGGUCCAGAUCUGAAAGAUACCUACAGAAGAACGCCGCUGUGGUAUGCUGCCCAAAACGGGCACGAGGCCGUUGUUAAGAAGCUGCUCGCAGCGGGAGCCGACGUUAAUGCUGCUGCUGCUACUUCUGGUAGCCGGACGGCGCUCCAAGCAGCAGCUGAAGGAGGCCAUCUCGAGGUGGUCGAGAAGCUGCUCGCAGCGGGAGCCGACGUUAAUAAUGCUUCUUCUAAUGGCCGGACGGCACUCCAAGCAGCAGCUAAAGGAGGCUAUCUCGAGGUGGUCGAGAAGCUACUCGCAGCGGGAGCCGACGUUAAUGCUGCUGCUGCUACUUAUGGUGGCCAGAUGGCGCUCCAAGCAGCAGCUGGAGGAGGCCAUCUCAAGGUGGUCGAGAAGCUACUUGCAGCGGGAGCCGACGUUAAUGCUGCUGCUGCUACUUAUGGUGGCCAGAUGGCGCUCCAAGCAGCAGCUGGAGGAGGCCAUCUCAAGGUGGUCGAGAAGCUACUUGCAGCGGGAGCCGACGUUAAUGCUGCUGCUGCUACCGUUAGUAGCCGGACGGCACUUCAAGCAGCAGCUGAAGGAGGCCAUCUCGAGGUGGUCGAGAAGCUACUCGUAGCGGGAGCCGACGUUAAUGCUGCUGCUGCUACUUUUGAUGGCCGGACGGCGCUCCAAGCAGCAGCUGAAGGAGGCUAUCUCGAGGUGGUCGAGAAGCUAUUUGCAGCGGGAGCCGACAUUAAUAUUACUUCUGGUGACCGGACGGCGCUCCAAGUAGCAGCUGAAGGAGGCUAUCUCGAGGUGGUCGAGAAGCUACUCGUAGCGGGAGCCGACGUUAAUGCUGCUGCUGCUACUUCUGAUGGCCGGACGGCGCUCCAAGCAGCAGCUGAAGGAGGCUAUCUCGAGGUGGUCGAGAAGCUACUCGCAGCGGGAGCCGACGUUAAUGCUGCUGCUGCUACUUCUGAUGGCCGGACGGCGCUCCAAGCAGCAGCUGAAGGAGGCUAUCUCGAGGUGGUCGAGAAGCUACUCGUAGCGGGAGCCGACGUUAAUGCAGCUGCUGCUACCGUUAGUGGCCGGACGGCACUCCAAGCAGCAGCUAAAGGAGGCUAUCUCGAGGUGGUCGAGAAGCUACUCGUAGCGGGAGCCGACGUUAAUGCUGCUGCUGCUACUUCUGAUGGCCGGACGGCGCUCCAAGCAGCAGCUGAAGGAGGCUAUCUCGAGGUGGUCAAGAAGCUACUCGUAGCGGGAGCCGACGUUAAUGCUGCUGCUGCUACUUCUGAUGGCCGGACGGCGCUCCAAGCAGCAGCUGAAGGAGGCUAUCUCGAGGUGGUCAAGAAGCUACUCGCAGCGGGAGCCGACGUUAAUGCUCCUGCUGUUACUUCUAGUGGCCGGACGGCGCUCCAAGCAGCAGCUGGAGGAGGCCAUCUCGAAGUGGUCAAGAAGCUGCUCGCAGCGGGAGCCGACGUUAAUGCUGCUGCUGCUACCGUUAGUGGCCGGACGGCACUCCAAGCAGCAGCUAGAGGAGGCCAUCUCGAGGUGGUCGAGAAGCUACUCGCAGCGGGAGCCGACGUUAAUGCUCCUGCUGUUACUUCUGGUGGCCGGACGGCGCUCCAAGCAGCAACUGAAGGAGGCCAUCUCGAGGUGGUCGAGAAGCUACUCGUAGCGGGAGCCGACGUUAAUGCUGCUGCUGCUUCUAUUGAUGGCCAGACGGCACUCCAAGCAGCAGCUAGAGGAGGCCAUCUCGAGGUGGCCAAUCGACUCAAGGCAGCCGGCACAUUGAGAUGA